AUGCGUUGUGUUUAUCUCUCUACAGCCCCAACUGUCAGCUCCUGCACCCUGCGCUGCCUGAAUGGAGGCAGCUGUUUCCUGAAUGAGCGGAAUCAGCCCAAGUGCAAAUGCCAGCCCCGCUAUACCGGUGAGAAGUGUGAGACUGACCAGUGCCGGGAAUACUGUCAGAACGGGGGCACAUGCACUGCCUCCCCCUCAGGAAUGCCAACGUGUCGGUGUCCAAAUGGAUACACGGGCCCAGACUGUCGGCAGAUGGUGUGUGAUGGCUACUGCAGGAAUGGAGCCUCAUGUAACGUCAACUCGGGGAACCAGCCCAACUGUCGGUGUCCACCAGGGAUUGAUGGGGAGCGGUGUCAGUACAGGAAGUGCACUGACUACUGCUUACACUUGGGCAAGUGUCGCCUGACUGAGUUAGAAACCAAGGAGUGCGUGUGCCCAUCCAGGUAUGAGGGAAUACGGUGUGAGAUCGACAAGUGUGAUCGAUGCAAAGGAGGUCCCUGUACAGUUCAAAGCAGUGGUGCUGUCAUCUGCAACUGCACCAAUGGUAAGGUGGCUCCCAGCUGCCUCACCUGUGAGGAUUAUUGCCGGAACAAUGGAGACUGUGAGAUCGACCAGCGGUCGGACCUGCCCUCCUGUCGGUGCGUUGCAGGCUGGACUGGAUCUCGGUGUGAACAGCGGGAGAGUGAUUCUGCAGUGGGUUCAAAAACCACCUCAAUCAUCAUCCCGAUAAUCAUCCUCCUCCUCUUACUCAUCCUGCUGGUGAUUAUUGGUGUGUAUUGGUACAGGAAACGUUCUCAAGGGGCGAAGGGGUUCCAGCACCAGCGAAUGACCAAUGGGAUGAUGAACGUGGAGAUCGGAAAUCCCACCUACAACAUGUACGAGGCAGAACCCGAUGAUGGGGCUGGAGAACUGCUAGACUCAGACUUCAACCUUGAUCCUGAUAAGCCCACCAACUUCACCAACCCUGUCUAUGCCACGCUCUACAUGGGGGCCCACAGUAGCCGCAACUCCCUGACCAGCACGGAUGAGAAGAAGGAACUCCUGUCCGCGGCCGGCGACGACGAGCUGGCGGACCCCUUGGCGUAACCGUGGCCCUCAGCGCCUCUUGGGAGGCGCGCCCAACCCACCCCGCCCGCGUACCCCAGCUUCUCUCAGUGCAGAGCCAGAGGGAGGGAGAUGGGGUGUGGGGAGAGGGGUGGGGCUUUCAGUCUCCAGCUGGCGGGGGCCUGUGUGUCCGCCAAGGGACUUCCGGGGGACAUCACCCAGCGCUGGACCCUCCCAGGCCACAUGAAGGACUACUUUUUUUCUACCAUCAGUACAGUAUUAUAUACGUAUUUUUUUUUGUUCUUUGAGGGAAAGAUAAUGAGUGGUCAGAGCCGUCUCUCCCUCUCUUUUCCUUUUCUCUGUUAUCUUUCCCCUCCCUCGCCUAUACCUCCUGGGACCGUGUGUGUGGGAGAGGGGUGCUGGGCUCUUCCGCUACCCCUCCACUCCUCUUCCCCUUAUGAGGUACGAAUAACAGGUGGUGAGUGGGAGGGUUGCGAAGAGGCAGCUCUGCACAGUUGGUACUCAAGGCAGCAAGGGCUGGAGUCAGCAAACGAAGAGCGGAGGGAAAACGCAUACACACACCGGCCCAAGGAUUUGACCAGCCCUCCAACUAAUUCCUUGACUUUUUUGAAGGGUUGGCGGGGGUGUGACUCUAGUAAUCCCUCACCCUCCCAUAAGGCCAUUUUCCCCCCUCCCCUGCCCUCUUCUCUCUACAUGGUAGGUUUUAUUUUGCAUUGGAGCUGUCUCUGGAGAGAGUGCUUUUUUAAAAAUAAAGAGAGAAAUCAAGGCAGGGGUUUUGAUUUACCAGAAUAGUAUUUUGUUCCUGAAUGAUGCCAGGUUCUUUCCCCCCCCCCCCCUCCCCUUUUGGGAGAUGUGAAGCUCCAUAGUGUAUAUGAGCUCUUUGUAACGUAUUGCAGAGUGUGGAGAGGGCAAGGAUUUCACUGAACAAAAUUAUUUCUGGGGAUGUUUCGAGAGCAAUGACGGAGGGGUGGAUGCUCCAAGUGAAAUUGCAGCUUGCUAACAAAUCCGUCAUUAAUAUUUUCCCCCAGAGGGAAGGGAGGGGGCUGAGAGGGUAGGAAUAUCCAUCCUAUUACUGUGGAAGUAAUUGCAUUCUCCCGUGAAUGUGGGCAGUUUGCGUGUGUGCGCAUCCAUCAUCAGCAAGUCUGCCAUGUGUCACACGUCCAAGAGGGGAGGGCGCAGACACGUGUACUGUGUGUAUGUGUGUGCACGCAACUCUCUCCCUCUCUUUCUGUUUUAAUAUGUUAACAUUGUAAGAUCAGGCUUUUGUAACUGGUGGGAAACUAGCCGACGUUUAAACCAACGUGUUUUUAAAAUGUUUUUUUUAAUGAAUUUAAGUUCAAAUACAGAGUUGCAUGAAACGAAGGUGAUUUUAUUUUCGAGAAAGAAUAAUGUUUAAUUUUUUUUUCUGGAAUAUUCUACCACUAAAUAACAAAUAUUGUAAUAAAUAAAAUAUGGUACCAAC